AAUUCUAGUACUCUCUUCUAUAACCCUAGAAGCCCCAAAUCUCGUUCUCUCAAAACAACUACAGUGGAAAAUGGCGUUCGUUGGUAGAUUCCGUGAGUUGAUGAAGAAGUAUGGGAAGGUAGCAUUAGGUGUACAUCUGGGUGUCUCUGCAGCUUCAGUCACUGGUUUGUAUUUCGCCAUCAAUAACAAUGUGGAUGUCGAAAAUCUUCUCAGUAAAGUUGGUAUGUCUUCUGGUGUAACUACUAAUAAAGAAGGAGAAGAAGGAAAUCAACAACCCCAACUUGGUAAAACCGCAUCUGAGGGUUUGAUUACUGAAGAACAGCAACAAUCUGAUUUCCAGCAAAUCCAAUCACUACCACCAAAGGAAACAAACAAAACUGCUGAAUUGAUUGCUUCAAGUGGUGGUGCUCUUGCUUUGGCUGUUUUGUGUAACAAAGCUUUGUUUCCGAUUAGGGUUCCAAUUACUGUUGGUCUGACUCCUCCAAUUGCAAGAUUCUUGGCUAGAAGGAAACUCAUCAAGACCCAAGUAUGAUUUUGUUACCAAGUUGUUUCUGUUCCCCCUCAAAACAAUCUACAUACCCUUUUCUUUUAGUUUUUCUUUUUCUGUCUGGGAAUGUUUCUGUUUGCUUUUGAAUAGAUUUUAGCUGAAUUUUGUGUUUAUCCAUUCCAUGAAAUUGAGAUCUACUAGAAUUAUGAAAAAAGAAUGGGAAUUGGGUGCCAUAGACAUUAAUGUAAAAUGAAUGAAUGAUGAAUGACAUUCCUGAUCACAUUCUCUGAAUAGGGUUUCUGCUCUUCUGUUUAUGUGUUCUGGUGGAACUUUGAUUAUUGUGUUUGAAAAUUUGAAUGGAACAGAAGUAUCUCAUUGUUUGUAA